AUGGCUUCGACACUCUCUAACGCCAGUGGACUCUCGCGUAAUGCAGACGAGAAGGGGCAGGGCUCCAAGAGACAGAUUCUUCUCAAUGCCUUUGACUUUUUUGGCCCAGGCAUGCUUUCACCUGGUCAGUGGAAGAACCCUGCUGAUAGAGGCCUGGAGAAGUUUGACAUCUCUUUCUGGGUCGAAUAUGCGAAGUUAUUGGAGCGAGGCGGCUUUUUUUCCCUCUUCCUGGCGGACACGCUUGGCGGCUAUGAAACGUACGGCGGGAGCAUUGACGAGACAAUCAGAAGAGCAACACAAUAUCCAGCUCUAGAUCCAUCAAUUCCUAUAUCCGCCAUGGCCGCAGCGACCAGCAAGCUCUCUUUCGCCAUAACCAGCUCGACUUCUCAUGAGACUCCGUUUCUUCUGGCGCGCCGCUUUUCAACGCUGGACCACAUCACCAAAGGCCGCUUUGGAUGGAAUAUUGUCACUGGAUGGAAGAAGUCCGCCUUUCAAGCUAUUGGCCUAGAUGAUGCCAUUGAUCACGACUUGAGAUACGAGAGGGCCGAUGAAUAUCUGCGCUUGCUUUAUAAGCUUUGGGAAGGUUCUUGGGCUGACGACGCGGUCGUGGCGGAUGGACCAAACGAUACAUACGCCGACCCGAGCCGAGUGCGCACCAUCAAGCAUGAAGGGCCGUUUUAUAAGCUGAACAGCAAGCACAUCGUGCCGCCUUCGCCACAAAGAACACCCUUCCUGUUCCAAGCAGGUACGUCCGAGGCCGGCAUUAACUUUGCCUCAAACCACGCCGAGGCGGCCUUCGUUGGAGGGACAACACCAGCCCAGACAGGUCCAAAGGUGGCCCAGCUUCGCGCGGCAUUAGCAGCAAAAGGACGCGACCCAAGACGCUUCAAGGUUUUCAUUAGUUUCUGUCCAAUCAUCGGCAAGACGGACGAGGAGGCUCGACAAAAGCUGGCCGAGUACAAGAAGUAUGCGAGCGUUAUUGGUGGCCUGGUUCAAGUGAGUGGUGUCACGGGCAUCGAUCUUUCCAAAGUUCCUCUCGAUCGGGAGUUGAGUGCCGCAGAUGCGGGAGAGUCCAGAAUAAGGACCCAUCUCGACUCUUUCGUCAAUACCACGGAUGGAGAGACAUGGACUGCGAGGCGCGUGGCUGAGUUCGCGUCCAUUGGCGGGCUUGCACCGUUUGCUGUCGGAAGCCCGCAGACGGUGGCCGAUGAGUUCGAGAGAUGGAUCGACGAGGCGGACAUUGAUGGCUUCAACAUCGUCUCGGUGGUGACUCCGCAGAGUUUUGAGGACGUCGUUGACUUGCUUGUGCCCGAGCUUCGUCGUCGUGGGUUGUACCCCGACAUAUCAAACGGAGAAAAUUCGGAACAUUUGACAGCGAGGGAGCAGGUUUUUGGAGGAGGGCACAAGUCUCUCGCUGCUGAGCACGUUGGGAGUAAAUACAAGUACGAUGUCUACCAGGAGGACCAGCUCUGA